GAGUGAGGGAGCCUCAGAGCCACAUAGCACAGUUCUGUGAAGUAACUACUGCAUAUAUACUGCUGUUAAUUCAAUAUUACCAGUUUUAUAUCUCAAAAACUUUGCAGUGAGCUGCCCCAACAAGCUGAAAUGAAGACACUAGUUGUAGGAGUUGGCGGGAUGACCAAUGGAGGGAAAUCUACUCUUUCUAGUAGUCUACACCAGCAGAUACCCAACAGCUGCAUCAUUGCACAGGAUUCAUAUUUUAAGGAUGAUUCGGCGGUUCCAGAGGACAGCAAUGGGUUUAAGCAAUAUGACAUACUUGAUGCUCUCCACAUGGACACGAUGAUGAGCGAUGUUGACUCAUGGCAAAGAGAUCCUGAGACGUUCCAGAGGCAGCGGGGCCUGGACCCAGAGCGCACAACACCCUCAGCCGGUCGUGAGGUGUUUGUGCUGAUAGUGGAAGGCUUCCUAAUUUUCAACUACAGGCCUCUGAAUGAGCUAUUUGACAAAAGAUACUUCAUUGAAAUACCUUACGAUGUCUGCAAGAGGAGACGAAGUUCGAGGGUGUACACGCCUCCUGAUCCUCCGGGCUACUUUGAAGGACACGUGUGGCCAAUGUACCUGAAGAACCGUCAGGAGAUGGAGAAGAUGGUGUCAGGAAUUGUAUUUCUGGAUGGACUGAAGCCAAAGGAAGAGCUUCUGGCUGCUGUGUGUAAAGAUGUUUGUCAGGAAAUAGAAAGGCUCAGGGAGAAAGACUGAAAUGCCACGAGUUUUAUUUGUUUACCUUUUGAAGACGGGACUGCUGCUCCCAUGGCUGUCAGGAAAGUUCAUUUUUUUGGACUAAUGUGUAAUUGAAAAGACCAAACCAAGAGUUUCUUUAGUCUUUAAGAAUAUUCUAAUGUCUAUGUAACAUAUAAUACAAUAGUUAAUAUUGCUAAACUUUGGAUGAUGCUGUAGCAUCUGAAAUAGUCCAGCUGGAGACAUGAAACAAUCGACAAGGAUCACAGUGAACCUGAUGUAUUUGCUAAUACAGUAAUUGACAGUAUUUUAAAGUUAGGAUACCCUCUGGGAAACCAAAAUGUAUACAGUGUUUCUGAAUUUAUGAGGUUGAUGUUGAAUAUAGGACAUGCAGUCGACUGAUGUGAUGUCUUAAAGUGUUUUUAAUAAUGCAAGGAGGAUUUUGUUCCAAAUGUCUGACAUUUUUUCUAUCUCACUACACAUAUACAUAUAACCUUGAUGUGUAUAUAUAACUCUAGAUAAUCAAAUACAUAAAGUGUGCAUCAUUGUUAAAGAUCAGUUUAAAAGACUUGAAUCUUACAAAUAUUAAACAGUGAUCAUUG